AAAUUUCUACAGCUCUCGACCUGCUCUCCUCUCAUCCUCGAUCUCGGAAGAACCUCCUCCCGCCAGUGUUCUUUUCUUGCUUCUAUUCAUAUCUACAUCAUGCUGAUCCUGACUGAGACUUCGGCCGGAUACGCCCUCUUGAAGGCAAAGGACAAAAAAGUCAUCGACACCGCUGCCGAGUUGACUCCCGAGUCCGUCCUUUCUGCUUUCAAAGUCAAGGCCUUCUCAAAAUUCGACUCCGCCGCCAGCGCUCUCGAGGAAGUCAAUGCCGUCGUCGAGGGAAAAGUCUCGACAAAGCUCGCCAACCUUUUGACCGAGAACGGUAAAGAGAAAAAGACAAAACUCGUCGUUGCUGAUCCCAAGCUCGGAAAUGCCAUCAACAACCUCCCCGGCCUGACCUUCAAGGUCAUCUCCGACUCCUCCACCCAGGACCUCUACCGAUCCAUCCGCGAAUACCUCCCCUCCCUUCUCCCCGGUCUGCAAGAGAAGGACCUCAACGUCAUGUCUCUCGGUCUCGCCCACUCCAUCGGUCGCCAUAAGCUAAAGUUCUCCGCCGACAAAGUUGACGUCAUGAUCGUCCAGGCCAUCGGUCUGCUCGACGACCUCGACAAGGAGCUCAACACCUACGCUAUGAGAGUCAAGGAAUGGUAUGGCUGGCAUUUCCCUGAGAUGGCCAAGAUCGUUUCCGACAACGUCGCCUACGCUCGCGUCAUCAAACUCAUGGGCUUCCGAUCCCGUGCCGCUGAGACCGACUUUUCGACCGUCCUCCCCGAGGAGAUCGAGACCGCUCUCAAGGCCGCUGCCGAAGUUUCAAUGGGAACCGAAAUCACCCAGUUUGAUCUCGACAACAUCACCGCGCUCGCGGACCAGGUCAUUGACUUUUCAGAGUACAGACUGCAGCUCUCGAGCUACCUCAACGCCCGUAUGGCCGCCAUCGCUCCCAACUUGACCGCCCUCGUUGGUGAGCUUGUUGGUGCUCGGCUGAUUGCUCAUGCCGGAUCCAUGAUCUCGCUCGCCAAGGCUCCUGCUUCCACCAUCCAGAUCCUCGGAGCCGAGAAGGCUCUUUUCCGUGCGCUCAAGACCAAGCACGACACACCCAAGUACGGUAUCAUCUACCACGCCUCAUUAAUAGGUCAGGCCACCGGCCGCAACAAGGGCAAGAUCGCGCGCAUGCUCGCUGCCAAGGCUGCCGUCAGCUUGCGAUUCGAUGCUCUUUCCGAGGACAGAGAUGACGUCGCCACCAUCGGUCUCGAGAACCGCGUCAAGAUCGAGUCGCGAUUGAAGGGUCUCGAAGGCCGGGAAAUCAACACCAACAAGACCCCCGUCAACGUGCGACAGCAGCCCAAGUUCGAGUUUGCUACCCAGCGCGCGUACAACGUCGAUGCGGACGCUGUCGUUGCCAAGCCUGCCAGUAACGGCACCAGCAAUGGCAAGCGUAAGAUUGAGGAAGUUGACUCUGAUGAUGAGGAGGACUCUGAUGAUGAGGAGUCUGACGACGAGCUUCCGGACGCUCCUGCCCCUGCUCCGGCUAAGGUUGAGCCCGUUGUCGAGGAAUCUGACUCGGACUCUGACUCGGACGACGAGGAAGUUGCGCCGGUGAAGGAGGAGAAGAAGUCCAAGAAGUCUGAGAAGAAGGAGAAGAAGGAGAAGAAGGAGAAGAAGGAGAAGAAGGAGAAGAAGGAGAAGAAGGAGAAGAAGGAGAAGAAGGAGAAGAAAGACAAGAAGGAGAAGAAGGACAAGAAAGAGAAGAAGCACAAGAAGACCAAGACCGACUAAAUGCGUGCUGCAAUCGCUAUUGCCGUCAACCAGGUGGACUGACGGCAAAGGUGGGUGAUGGUGAUUGGGUUGAGCAUUAAUAUUUCUAUAUUAUGGUUAAUUGAGCGGCGCAUCAGUUGUGGAUUGUUUUUUCGAUUUGUAAAAAGUUGCUCUUGUGUAUUUUUUGUCAUCUCUAAUUCUUGUGAUUUUUUCCUUUUUUCUUUGUCAUUUUGCGUUUCUUUGAUGUUUAGUUAUGAUUAUUUUGCUUUCUGAGUUCAUUUUGAUACAUUGUUUUUAUGUAAAAUACAACCUAUAUCUACUAAAACACGUU